ACUUUAAUAAAAUUUUAGCCCGGUCUGACCCGUCAUCAAGUUUGGAACUUAAAAAAUACUUUCCUCCGUCUUCUUCUUCUUUCACCCAGCAGCAGAAAUCAGAGGAUUUUGUGAAUUAGGCGCCAAAUAUUCGCUUCAAUCUCUCCACUUUCGUAAUAUGGCUACAGCAUUUCUGGCUGGCCUUGCUGUAGCUGGUGCAGCACUUGCUGGCAGGUACAGUAUCCAAGCAUGGCAAGCACUCAAGGCACGACCCCCAAAACCCAGAAUACGGAAGUUCUAUGAUGGUGGUUUCCAGCCUACAAUGACAAGAAGAGAAGCAGCUCUAAUAUUAGGCAUCAGGGAAAACGCAACUGCGGACAAAGUGAAGGAAGCACAUAGAAAGGUAAUGGUUGCAAAUCAUCCUGAUGCCGGUGGAAGCCAUUAUCUGGCUUCCAAAAUAAACGAGGCCAAAGAUGUUAUGCUCAGAAAGACAAAGGGAAGCGGAUCAGCAUUUUGACUCAUUUGCAAAGUCUUAAUUUUGGACACUACCCCAGAGUUGUAUAAAUCCUCAUGAAAUGUAUAAGGUAGUUAACUUUCUCUCUUUCUAGGAAUUCGUUUAUUUUGGAAAUACUGUGGCCUGCCUAUGAAUUUUGGUUCAUUGUGGAUCAUGGCAAACUGAAGUUCCUCUCUACGGAUGUACAAAUAGAGUAAGAAACACUUAGAUAUUUAUUUCCUGUCAAAUAUUGCAAUAAAAAGUGGCAAUGAAGAGUGUUCUGUAUUUUUUUUAACCAUAUUGUUAAAGUAGUUCAAGUGAUCAUACGUGAAAUGGUGCUCAAAUUAUUGUUACUGUCAUCUAAUGGAAUCUAAAAUCAAAUACUUCUUUGAUGGUUCAAUUGCAAGCAAUGUCAUGUUCUCCACAAUUCGUCCAAAUUACUUCAAGUGGAUUGGUUUUAAUGUCAUCCCUUUUCGUUUUCUUACCACUUAAUUUAACCGCACUUAUGUGUGCGGGAACCAAUUACACACCACACUUAUAAGUGCGAAACAUAAAUUAUAGUAUAUUUUGCCAAUUAAAAGUGCGGAAGGGGAUGACAUAAAUAUUUGAAGAGGUGACAUUAAAAUCAAUUCCCUUACCAUUCCUUUUGUACUUGCAAGUUACAAGGGAAAUUGUUACGUGUGUGAAUGACAGCAAUGGAAUAUGAUAUCAUUUAGCAGUAUAAAAACAGAAAUAUGAUUUAAUUACAAGAAAACUUUUAAUAAAGAAGUUGUAGAAAUAAUAAGACUAGAGUAGCUAGUAAUCUAUCUAUCUAUCUAUAAACUAUAUAAAGGGAGAGUUUUGGCAGCCCUGGGUAAAUAUGUCAAUCAACAAAUAAUUUCAAUGACAAUGAAGCUUGGCCAUGGAUAUUUAGGUAAAAAUACAUUUUAUUUCAGUUUGAUUGAAUCCCAACCAUUGAUUAACAAUAAGUUAUUAUUUAUGGAUCAAAUCUUGGCCGUCGAAGUCCUCCAGCAAUCUUGAUCUCCUUCUGUAUUUCACUGAUGUUUUGGUUUCUCCUUUUCCAUCCGUUUUCAUUCUUCUUGCGCUUUAAAUCGCGUUGCACGUUCUCCGUUUUCCUUCGAUCGUGUCAGCAGAACCGGAACAGAGCACGAGCGAGGCGAGGUAGAGCACGAACGAGGCGAAGCAGAUGAGAUUGAAGGCGGAUUUCAAUCUUCUGGGCUUUGAAAUUGGUGGAAUGAUAUGGUGUUUAGGGUUUCUGCCGCUCCUUCAAUCAUCAGGAAUGUUUUCGUUUUGCUAAUUUCAGCUUUCACCCACUACCAUUGCAUGUUUUGUUCUCUGUCAUCUGAAUCCUUGAUCUUUCAACGUUUUAACUUAUAUUCGAUUAUCCAUCUUUAUUGUUUCAGAUUAAUCUGAACCAGAGCAUGUCAUUUCCGUCAAUCCGUCAUCAUCGUCCAGAAGAUGAUGUGAAAUGGAGGAUCAUUACCAUUUAAGGACACGUUGAGUUGAAUCAGUUGCAGAUGUAAAUUUAAUUGGUGAGGGUCUGAAUGAGUGGCAGCGGCGCGAAGGAAGACGGGAUGGCUGGAUCGAAAUGCAACGGGACCAGCGAAAUGAGUUUCUGCAGCCCCAUUCCAUUGAGAGAAGAUCCUCAAUCAGAACCUCUUCUCCUCUGCCGCUCAGCUAAGCCCACCAUCUGAUUACGUCGUCAAGGUCUUCCUUCUGAUGAGAUCGACGAUCAAUUUCGUUCUUAGUUAAGUGGUUUUUUGUGCACUAGCUUGCUUGGCUUCUUCCCACAUCUAUGUGUUUCAAUCUCUAUCUCUGUAAAUAGUGUUGCUUUUAUUUUUUAACUGUGCAAGUUGGGUACUGAGUGAUAUCUUUGAAAAGUUUUAAAUUUACAUUUCUCUCAUUACUUUGUGCUUAUAGUUUUCCUUUUUCAUUUCUCUCAUGGUAUAUAACUAAAAGCCAUUUUGUCAUUUGGAACUCAAGGAUGAUUAUGACAUUGGAGAAUGGCCAUCAUUGGCAAAAGAAUGUGCUAUAUACUGGAUUAGUUUAUAUUUGCCUUCUUGGCUAGGGUAAAAUUAAAAGGGAUUUGUUGAAUAUCGAGCUAAGCUACAGGUUGAGUUUCAAAAGAAAGUUUCAGAUAUAACACUAUUAUUCUAUUUGUUAAAUGCAGCUGCUAAACUAUCCUUUUAUCUGAUUCUGACAUGAUGCAUUCACUCAUUUCCUUCAUGCUUUACCAUGAAUACGGAGUAACAGAGAUUUUGGAGCUUAUAAUGUCAAGCGACUUGAGCAAGAGAUUGAAGCAAAAAUCCAGUGCUUGAAAACAGAAGCUGCAAUAAUAUCGAAUGAUGUGUUAGAGGACAAAUGUGUUGUCCUUGAAAGCAAAGUAUGAUGAUAUUGACAUUGCAUGUUAUGUUUGGCGUUCGCAAACUCAAACUGUCAAUUUUAAAAAAGCUUUUUCCUAAAAGCUAUUAAAAUAAUAUUGCUAUUAUUUCUUCCUUGGCUUUUGUGUGAGUUGGAGUAUACUUGAAUAUAUAGGUCCAUCAUUCUUGGUUAAGAAAAUAAAUCAAUUUUGAUCUUGAGAUUGUCAACUGAAGAAGAAAGAAGCUUAAUGGAAGAAGAGAGCAGGUGCCCUUGAAAGAAAGGUGUUGAUUGUCGCAAGAGAGAAGCUGAAUGGAAGAAGAGAGAAUCUGCAUUGCAUCUUGAAGUUAAGAACCUCACAGAGGUAUCCUUUAUGAAUGGGUUCUGCCUAGGUUAGAGCUGGCUGAGAGAAGAACGGAGCACAGUGCAGGUUGUGCCAAGAAGAAGUCAAUGGAAGAGUCAUUCACAAGAGGAUCAUGAAGCUCACUCCUGGAAACAUCAAAUACAGUACCAAGUCAAGAGCCUAGAGAAUGUGCAAUUGCAUGUGUUUAGUGAAGGGCCUCAAACAGUCCUCUUUGUGACAGGAGAAUGUGAAAUCAAGCUAGCAUUAAUUUUAAAGUGAUCCAUGUUUAUUUAUCAUUAAAAAGUGAUAUGACAUUGGUGAAUGUCAUAUGUUACAUUAUCACAUGCUAUUUUUUAUCAGGGCUUAUUUUGUAUGUAAUAAGUUAUUGCCUCUUACAUAUAUGUAAUACCUAUCCUUAUUUAAUAAUUAUUUGUUCCUAAUUA